AUGGGAUCCUCCGCCAAUUUUGCCAAAACCAUUUUGAUGCCGGCGUCCAUUGCACUCACCGUGUACCUACUGUUUAACCUCGUGAUUAUCCCGUUCCUCCGCCGCUAUCAACGACGUUACUCUCCAUCCCUCCCACUGCAUACAAUCUCCGCCCAUACUGUUUCGCUGCGAGACCGAAUAGCCGACACAAUCAUGCGGUUUUUCCUCCCUUCUUCAUGGCGAGCUGGCGCUCAUCUCGAUGAUCAUCAGAAUAUUGACAUCGACGACGAGGAAGGGGAGAUGCUUGUCGGAAUGAAUAGGGAUGCUGCCCGACGGCAAGCGCUUGGGCGCCGACAACCUACCACCGCAGAAACCGAAAGUCGACUUAGUCGUGAAUUAGAGGAAGGGUUUAUGGACGACAGUGAUGAAGAGGAUAGUGAACAGGGCAAUGCAGAGAGCCGACGUUGA